AAUGGUUUACAAUACAAGUAAAUUAUUAUUUAUAUUAUUGAAUUUACUUUUGUUUUGUUUUCUAAGGUUAUGAGAAAUCUUCAUGUUGUUUUUACAAUGAAUCCAAGUGCAAAUGGUUUACGUGAUCGAGCAUCAACAUCACCAGCUUUAUUUAAUCGUUGUGUACUUGAUUGGCUUGGUGAUUGGUCUUUAGAUGCAUACUAUCAUGUUGCUAGUGAAUUAACACAAAAUGUUGAUAUACAAAAAGCUGAUUAUGUUGCUCCAAAAACAUUAACUCGUUUAGUAGCUGGUUUACCAGUAGAACCAUCUUAUCGUGAUGUAAUGAAUAAUGCCUUUGUUUUUGUUCAUCAAUCAUUACAUAAAUUAAAUGAUACAUUACGUAAAAAAGGUUCAACAACAAAAACAAUUGUCAUAACACCAAGUCAUUUUCUCGAUGCAAUUCAACAUUUUAUAAAAAUAACAGUAGAAAAACGAACUGAAAUUGAAGAAACUCGUCAACAUUUAAUUGUUGGUCUUGAUAAAAUUCAUGAAACUGUUGUUCAAGUUGAACAAUUACAAGCAUCACUAGCAGAUAAACGAAAAGAAUUAAAUGAUAAAAAUGAAGAAGCUAAUUUGAAAUUAAAACAGAUGAUUCAUGAUCAACAAGAAGCUGAAAAAAAACGAAUUAGUUCACAAGAAUUACAAGUUGUUCUAGCUCAACAACAAGAACAAAUAGUUGAAAAACGUAAAACAGUUAUGAUAGAUUUAGAUAAAGUUGAGCCAGCUGUUCAAGAAGCUCAACAAGCUGUUAAAUCAAUAAAGAAACAAAAUUUAGUUGAAAUAAAAAAUUUAAAUAAUCCACCACAAGGUGUUAAAAUAACACUUGAAUCUAUAUGUUUAUUACUUGGUGAAGAAACAACUGAUUGGAAAUCUAUUCGUGGUAUAAUGAUGCGUGAUAAUUUCAUUUCAACAAUUGUUAAUUUUGAAUCUGAUAAUAUUACACCAGCUAUUGCAAAUAAAAUGAAAAAAAACUAUAUAAAUAAUCCAGAUUAUUCAUAUGAUAAAGUUAAUCGAGCAUCAGCUGCAUGUGGUCCAUUAGUUAAAUGGGCAACAGCACAAUUAACAUAUGCUGAUAUGUUAAGUAAAGUUGAACCAUUACGAAAUGAAUUAAAAAAUUUAGAAAACGAAGCCGAAAAAAAAGUUGCUGAUAUGCAAGCAACAAAUGAUUUAAUUACAACACUUGAAACAAGUAUUGCACAAUAUAAAACUGAAUAUGCUGAUUUAAUAUCAGCUGCACAAGCAAUUAAAACCGAUCUAUCACAUGUUGAAUCUAAAGUUGAACGAUCGAUAGCAUUAAUUAAAAAUUUAAGUUUAGAAAAAGUACGUUGGGAAUCAACAAGCGAAAGUUAUCAAACACAAUUAGCAACAUUAAUUGGUGAUGGAUUUUUAAUAUCAACAUUUUUAGCUUAUACUGGUUAUUUUGAUCAAAUGACAAGACAAAUACUUUUUCAACAAUGGCAAAACCAUUUAGAUAAAGCUAAAAUACCAUAUAAACAUGAUUUAGCUCGUGUUGAAUAUGUAUCAACUGCUGAUGAACGACUUCGAUGGGAAAUGAAUUUAUUGCCAAGUGAUGACUUAUGUCGUGAGAAUGCUGUUAUGUUAAAAAGUUUCACUCGUUAUCCAUUAAUUAUUGAUCCAAGUGGACAAGCUUUUGAAUUUCUUCAUAGAGAAUAUCGAGAAAAAAAUAUUGUUCAAACAAGUUUUAUGGAUGCAGGCUUUCGUAAACAAUUAGAGAGUGCACUUCGUUUUGGUACAACAUUAUUUGUACAUGAUGCAGAAAAUUUCGAUCCAUUAAUUAAUCCUGUACUUAUUCGUGAUCUUCGACGAACAUCUGGACGUGUUCUUAUAACUAUUGGUGAUAAAGAUAUUGAUUUUUCACCAACAUUUCGAAUGUUUUUAUUUACACGUGAUUCUGAUGCCGAAUUUGGACCAGAUAUAUGUUCACGUGUAACAUUUGUUAAUUUUACAGUAACACGAUCAAGUUUACAAUCUCAAUGUUUAUAUAAAAUCUUACGAUCUGAACGACCAGAUAUUGAUUCAAAACGAUCUGAUCUAAUGAAAUUACAAGGAGAAUUUGCAGCUAAAUUACGUCAUUUAGAAGAUAAUUUACUCAAAGUAUUAAAUGAAUCCGAAGGAACCAUACUUGAUAAUGACAAAGUAAUUGCUACAUUAGAAAAAAUAAAAACUGAAGCAUCAGAAAUAAUGCAAAAAGUUGAAGAAACUGAUAUUGUUUUAAAUGAAGUUGAAAAAGUUUCACAUGAAUAUUUACCAAUGGCUAAAGCAUGUAGUAGUAUUUUCUUUACACUUUCAUCAUUAUCAACAAUUCAUAUGCUUUAUCAAUAUUCAUUAAGAUUUUUUAUGGAAAUCUUUGAACAUAUUCUUUAUCAUAAUAAACGUUUAGAAUCAAUUACUGAUACAACACAACGAUUAGAUAUUAUAUUAAAAAGUUUAUUUGAAACAAUAUUUAUUCGUGUUUCACGUGGUAUGUUACAUCGAGAUCGAAUAACAUUAGCUGUACAAUUAACAAGAAUUUAUUUAAAAAAUAUUAUUGGUGAAAAUAUGACAUUUGAAGAUGAGUUUUUUGAAAUGGCUCAAGUAUUAGAAGAAAAUUCUGAUAUGCUUAAUAUACAAAAUAAGUUAUCUGAUCCACAAAAACGUGCAUUAUCGCAUUUAACUACGAAUAUUCCAUCGUUUAAAAAUCUUGAACGACAAAUUGCAUCGAAUUCUGAUGCAUUUGAUAAAUGGUUAAAUAGUAAUGAUUUAACAACUCGAGUUCCUGUUGUUUGGGAAAAUAAUGGCGAUAAAAAAAAUGAAAUCAAUACUGCAGUAUAUUCGUAA